AUGCUUAGAUCACUGCAGCGUCUUGGCAAUCCAUCAGUAGCUCUUCCGCGCACAUUGAGUCCAUUUGCGAGGUACUCUUCUCGAAUGCUGAUGACACCGAAACUAUCCACAUCCAUGAUUGUUCAACACAGCGCACGAAUCCCUAAGCCGUUUUACACAGCCUGUCAAAACCACGGAUUUCACACGAUAACACCUCUUUUCAAGGAGCAAGAACCUAAUGUCAAUAGCAAGCAACACCAGAUGCUGAUUGGGUUUACAUGCAAAGUCUGUAAUGAACGCUCUCAUCAUACCAUGUCCAAGCAUUCCUACACCAAGGGAGUAGUGUUGAUACAGUGUCCUGGCUGUAAAAACCGUCACCUGAUUGCAGACAACCUAGGAUGGUUCAAGGAUAGUAGAACAACGGUAGAGGAUCUUGUCAAGGAGAAGGGUGAAGCCAUUCGCAAGAUUAUUGUGGAUGAUCAAGGUGUAGAGCGAUUGGGCGACUUGAUGGAAUGGCUGCCAGAGAUUACGGAGGAGGAAAAGGCCAAGAAGGAGGAAGCUAAAUUGAAAGCAGAGGAAUUGAAAAAAUCGCAGGAGCAACACAAGGACCAAGAGUAA